AUGUUCACCUGAAUCAAGCGCUCUAUCUAUCGAAUUUAACCGUCCCACGAAUUAUAGACUCUGGACAAAAGGCCAAAUUAUUCUGCAGCUAUGAAAUGGGUAAUCGGACGUUGAAUUCCGUCAAAUGGUACAAGGAUGGUCAGGAAUUUUUUAGAUAUUCACCCCUUACACCACCCACAACAAACAGAUUUCCCGUUCAGGGUGUAACGAUAGCAGAUGGGUCUUACGUUUGCAAUCAAUUUAUCUGCAAUGUUGAACUAGAAAAGCUCAAUUUAUUUUCAUCGGGCGCAUAUCGAUGUGAGGUAUCGGGAGAUGCACCUGAAUUUAAGCUCAUUGAUAAAACCGCAAAUAUGUCAGUUGGAGUUCUUCCAAAAUUUGACCCUUACAUCAGUGGAAUAACACAUCCAUACAAGUAUGGUGAUUUUUUGGUGGCUAACUGCAGUUCCGAAUGGUCAAGUCCCCAGGCGACACUAACGUGGUACAUCAAUAACAAAACG